AUGUCUCAGCGUUGGAAGCUUCUUAUCUUGUGCCACCUGCUCACUGGGACCUCAGAAGGUCUUCAUUCCGGUGUCCUGAAUAAUUUUGUGGACAAGACGAACUCUUUUCUCCAGAACGGGCCUGAGACUGUUGACAAUCCAUCUACAGGGUUUUCUUGGCAAUGGAAUUCCAGCGUGAGGGCGCCUCUGAAAUUCAGUGGUAAGAGGAAGAUCGAGGAAAAUGAAGUGGUGGAUCUUGCAAGUCUGGAAAACCCCUUUAGGGUGAAAAUCAGCAAGACUGUCAUCAGGGUCAUCCAAGCUGAACGGACAGCAGAUGGCAGAAGUAUCAACCUGAGAUUUCUGGUCACAGCUAAUGUCACCGCAGCCCUGCCCCUCAUCUGCAGGAGGGCCAACCUAGAGGUCUCUCUGUACCUCCUGACCAGAAUCAGACUUGUACCAGUACCUCAGAGCAGUCUCUUCACUGUGGCCGUGGGAGAAUUCACUGUGGACCCAGAUACCAUCACAAUCUCCUUGCUGGACAGAACUAAUGCCAUGCUCAAGAGGUCCAUGGGCUCUAUGAUUCGUGUUUUGAAGAAGAGCAUUUUUGUCUUGUUGCAGAAACAAAAUCAGAUACAUGCCAGGAUCAAAAGGUUUUUGGAUGGUCUGCAAAAGAGCUCUCUUGAGGGGAUCCAUGCCCAACUUCAACACACAGCUGACCUGUAUCUUUCCAUCUGAAGAGGAUGAAUGAGGAGAACCACUGUGAUGCUACCUGUUGGUGGGUCUCCAGGGCCUUGCCUUGCCACCUCACUGAAUCUCUGUCUGGGAAGGUGGGGC